CUGCUUAAGGUACGGCAACUGAGCGAGCCAGCGAGGAAGACGACAGCUGAGGGGGACCGCGUUGCCAGAUGCGCUACUGACUCACCAUCGUGCCGACCUUCACCUAACCUUCGAAUCGGUUUCACAGUUUUCGCGCUCCAAUUCCGUGGCUCCACUCCUUGGGAACACCGGACACGCUCUGGCAGAUCUCGACUCGCCGGAAUGGCUUCGAAGAAGCAUGGCAGCAGCGACGGAGGCUCGCCGGAAAGCGUGGCCUCGGAAACGGCGUUAGAGGACAGGAAUUCCGUCCAUCAAAACGGUGGCAAGGCCAGCAUCAGAAGCCACAGCAGCGGGAGGGAGAUAUUUGAGUAUUCUGGCUGGGUUUAUCAUUUGGGUGUCAAUUCCAUCGGCCAUGAGUAUUGCCACUUCAGAUACCUCCGAAUCCGGGGAAAGUAUCUUGAGAUGUAUAAGCAAGAUCCGCUCGAGAAUCCAGGAAUUAAACCUAUUCGAAAGGGAACCAUAGGGCCUGCACUUAUGGUGGAGGAGUUGGGUCGGCGGAAGGUGAACCAUGGUGAUGUUUAUGUGCUGAGGUUCUUCAAUCGAUUGGAUGAAGCUAAAAAGGGAGAAAUUGCUUGUGCUACAGCUGGUGAGGUCCGACAGUGGAUGGAAGCAUUUGACCAAGCGAAGCAACAGGUCGAGUAUGAGCUUUCAAGAGGUGUUAGUGUGAGAAACAAGCUGAACAUGGAGGAUGAGAUUAACCUGGAAGGACAUCGGCCAAGAGUCCGACGUUAUGCCCAUCGUCUGAAAAAACGAAUAAGGAUAGGACAAGGUCCGGAAAUGCUUUUGCGUAAAACCUCAGGCAUUGGUGAAGAUAGUAGAUUUGACACAUUUUUAGAUGCUGAUGGUGGCGAUGCAGUCGAAGCACAUGAAUGGAGAUGUGUACGUACUGUUAACGGUGUGAGAAUAUUUGAAGAUGUGGCCAGCUCCAAGAGUGGGAAAGGCAUUCUGGUCAAAGCCGUUGGUGUUAUCGAGGCAACUGCUGAUACUGUAUUUGACGUUGUACUGAAUCUUGAUCGACAUAAAAGAUAUGAGUGGGAUACUUUGACUAGUGACUUGGAGUUGGUUGAAUCUAUAGAUGGGCACUAUGAUGUUGUCUAUGGAACAUUCGAUCCACGUUAUUUGACUUGGUGGCAGUCAAAAAGGGACUUUGUAUUUUCAAGGCAAUGGUUUUGUGGGCAGGAUGGAACAUACACAAUCCUGCAGUCUCCUUCUAUACACAAGAAGCGGCCACCAAGAUCUGGCUAUAAGCGUACAAAAAUCAACCCUUCCACUUGGGAGAUCAGUAACUUAAGCACUCCCUCAUUCAAUACUACUGCCAGAUGUUUGGUCACCCAAACACUAGAGAUAAACCUCAAGGGUUGGUUUAAAUGGAGGAACAAGAACUGCGCCAAGUUUGAAAAGACUGUUCCAUUUGCAUUACUGAGUCAAGUAUCAGGUUUGAAGGAAUAUGUUGGUGCAAACCCUACACUCGCUUUGGAGGCAACAACCAAAAUAUUUCAUUCAAAAGUGUCCGACCUUUCUGAGUCCAAUAGUGAAUUUGAGGAUGCAGAAGCUGAUGAGGAGUUCUAUGAUGCCACUGACGAUUCAUCCUCAGAAGAUGAAGAUAAUAACAAUGCAUUAGAUAUCAAUAAGGACAAGAAGAUAAAGCUGAAGAACAUUUCAUGGGCCAUUGCUAGUUUGACUCGUAAGAGGUCUUCAGCACCAGAAGCAAAUGUGUUGAGCUCAGAGGCACCUCCUAUCAAUCUUGAUGCAAGUUUGUUUCAUGGGACGUUAAGAAAAGCAAAGGAUGAAUUUGAUAAGAAUUGCUGGUCUUCUCCAGAUGGCUCUGGAUUCAUGAUCAGAGGGAAGACAUACUUGAAAGACAACAUGAAGGUAAAAGGUGGCGAACCACUUCUCAAGCUCAUAGCGGUUGACUGGUUCCAAGUGGAAGAAUGUGCCACAAAUGUCGCAUUGCAUCCAAAGAGCUUAGUUCAGAGUGCUGAAGGGAAAAAGCUUCCGUUCAUACUUGUUAUCAAUCUUGAGGUACCAGCCAGACCAAACUACAGCCUCGUUCUCUAUUUUGCUGCAGAUAGACCUGUAAACAAAGACUCUUUGUUGGGUAAAUUUAUUGAUGGCCCUGACAUGUUUCGCAAUUCUAGAUUCAAACUUAUUCCAAGCAUUGUUGAGGGAUACUGGAUGGUAAAGCGUGCAGUUGGCACAAAAGCCUGCCUGCUUGGAAAAGCAGUAACUUGCAAAUACCUCAGACAAGACAACUUCCUGGAGAUCGAUGUGGAUAUUGGUUCAUCUUCUGUAGCAAGGGGCGUCAUCGGCCUCGUCCUUGGAUAUGUCACUAGCAUUGUUGUUGAUCUUGCAAUAGUCAUAGAGGCAAAAGAAGAGGAAGAGCUGCCAGAAUACAUUCUUGGAACUGUGAGACUAAAUCGAAUAGAAAUUGAUUCAGCUGUCCCCUUGGAAGGGCUUUAGGUCAGUUUUGGAUCCUCCAUCAACAGACACUAUUCUGUUCUCUGCAACUUGUGCCGGCGCGAAACAGAAACAGAUGGUUCGACACAACUGCCGGAUUGUACCUCACCUGAAUAAGUGGUAAGCUUUUGAGUUCGAACUUUUACGAUGCCUUCAACUUUUUCUCAAUGAAAAAUAAGUAUUGAAUGUGUGAUGCUUUUAAAUUUAAUAACUGAUGAAUAUGAUAAUCUUUAGCUGAGGAAAAUGAUUUCACUUGAAAUUGCUUAAUGUGAAAAUGAGAUGGAAAUAGACGUGUUUGUUUGGGAGUUUGGAUUUUGAAUUGAGAUUUGAAUAGUAAAAAAUUUGAAUUAGAAUAGUUUAGUAUGAUGUGAUAUAAUUCCAUUGAUUCAUUUGAUGUUUUGAAUGUAAAAUUGAUUUUUAAGUAUAAUUUUAGUUUAGUCUGAUUUGAUAUUUUUUU